GCCAACAACGCCACCAAAGGUCAAAAUCCUCUCUCAACUCUCUCAAGAAUCCACCUUUCCCUCUCGUUCUCUCUCUCCAAUGGCGGUCAAGAACACCAUUGUCAAGACUAUGUCUGCUCUCUACUCUCAACCCAUCCGUCCGUUGCGACUCAGUCCCUUCCUUUGACAUCUUUUCAGCCUUUCAAACCCACAUUUCUCUAUGAAAUAUGCCCUCAAAACAAUUCCCUCUUGAAAAAGUAGAGCAAAAUUAGACCUCUCCCCCUCUUGGUUUUCGUGUUCCAUUGCACUUUUGUUAAAAACCCAUUAUCUCUCCCAUUCCAAGAAAGAAGAAACCAGAAAACAAGAAAAUAAAGAAAGCUGCUUGGCUCAAAGCAUUUUGAGAUCUGUUUUUUCUUCAUUCUUGCUUUUGGUUUCUUGAGUUGUUAAAUUGUACUUCUUGGAUUCUUGUUACGUUUCUUGAAUCUUUGGAAAGAUUUCACUUUGAAGUCGAAGUUCAAGUAAAAUGGGAAGCAAAUGGAGAAAACCAAAGUUAGCUUUGCGUCUAAAUCUUUGUACGUAUGUACCAAGAACUCUAGAGGAUUCACCGCCACCCUCAAGUGAGAGACUAUCUGAUGCUGCUUUGCUUUCACCUACGAAUUGGGACUCAAGGCCAAUGACACCUACACCAUCUUCACAUGGUUUAAGGUUGUCCAAGAGUGGAAGCAAAUCAUCAAAGCAAACCUGCUCGAUAUGCCUGACCAAGAUGAAACAAGGAGGUGGACAUGCUAUUUUCACUGCUGAGUGCUCACAUUCCUUCCAUUUCCAUUGCAUUGCUUCAAAUGUAAAACAUGGUAACCAAAUUUGUCCAGUUUGCCGAGCAAAAUGGAAAGAAAUCCCCUUGCAGGCUCCCAGUUUGGACCCUUUGCCCGGAAGAGGAUCCAUCAAUGCAGUAGGUUGGCCUCGAAAUGAUGCUUUGAUGACUGUGGUUCGUCGGUUACCUCCUCCUCGUCGAGAUUUGAAUCGAAGGCACAUUGUUCCAUUACUUCAAUCUCCUGAACCUAGUGUAUUUGACGAUGAUGAAUCCUUAGAUCUCCAACCUGUGUUCACUGAUAGAAGUACUGGAAAUAAAAAUGCUGCAGAUUACACUUUUGCUAGAACUAUAGAGAUCAAGACAAUCCCAGAAGUGUCGGCUGCAUCACGAUCCAAGUUGUAUGAUAACUUCACUGUCUUGGUCAAUCUUAAAGCUGCUGCUACAAUUAUAAGACAAGAUCCCAGAAGAAACCAGGCUAGCUUGCCUCAACUCUCUCAAACUCCUCGUGCCCCAGUCGACCUAGUCACAGUGCUUGACAUCAGUGGUAGCAUGGCAGGUACAAAGCUAGCAUUGCUAAAACGAGCCAUGGGGUUUGUAAUACAGAACCUUGGCUCCAAUGACAGGCUUUCAGUUAUUGCCUUCUCUUCCACUGCCACCCGCCUCUUUCCCCUCCGUCGAAUGUCUGAUACAGGCCGGAAGCUGGCACUUCAAGCAGUCAAUUCUUUGGUUGCAAAUGGUGGAACUAACAUUGCUGAAGGCCUGAGAAAGGGAGCAAAAGUAAUGGAAGACAGAAGGGAAAAGAAUCCUGUGGCAAGUGUAAUACUGCUAUCAGAUGGGCAGGAUACUUACACUGUCAGUGGUUCUGGUAGUAACCAACCUUGUCCAAAUUAUCAGUUGCUUCUCCCUUUGCCUAUUCGUGGUGGUGACACAGCAGGGUUCCAGAUUCCAGUGCAUGCUUUUGGCUUUGGUGCAGAUCAUGAUGCUUCAUCAAUGCAUUCAAUUUCAGAAAUUUCAGGAGGCACCUUCUCUUUCAUUGAGACUGAAGCUGUGAUCCAGGACGCAUUUGCACAAUGCAUUGGGGGACUUUUAAGUGUUGUGGUGCAGGAGCUGCAGGUGGGAGUGGAGUGUGUGCACCCAAGUAUCCACCUUGGCUCACUGAAAGCAGGAAGUUAUCCAAGUCGUGUGAUGGCUGAUGCUCGCAUAGGAUUUAUUGAUGUUGGAGAUCUGUAUGCUGAUGAAGAGAGGGAUUUUCUGGUUUCAGUCAAUGUCCCAGCUGAGUCUUCCGGGAAUCAAACACCACUCAUGAAGGUGAGAUGUGUUUACAAGGAUCCUCUAACUAAAGAAAUGGCAACAUUAGAAACUGAAGAAGUUAGGCUUGAGAGACCUGAAAUAUCUGGAGAAGCAGCCGUCUCAAUCGAAGUGGACAGGCAACACAACAGACUUCAAGCAGCUGAGGCAAUGUCACAGGCAAGAACUGCAGCUGAGCAGGGAGAUCUGGCUGGUGCAGUUUCUAUCCUUGAAAAUUGCCAAAGGGUUUUGUCAGAAACUAUAUCAGCUAAAUCCCAUGAUCGAUUAUGCAUUGCAUUAGAUGCGGAGCUCAAGGAGAUGCAAGAGAGGAUGGCAAGUAGGCAUGUAUAUGAAGCAUCUGGAAGAGCUUAUAUUCUUUCAGGUCUGAGCUCACACUCAUGGCAAAGAGCAACAGCAAGAGGAGACUCAACUGAUGGUUCAAGUCUCGUUCGGGCUUAUCAAACCCCAUCAAUGACAGAGAUGCUGAGUCGAUCUCAGGCUAUGUUACUUGGUAGUCCAUCAGCUCAGAGGCUUGUCCAACCGUUGUGGCCAUUUGAAUCACAGCCAGAUCCAAGAAAAUGGGUUGUAUACCUCCACAUCAGGCAUGAAAGUGGGUGAAGAGGAGAAAAAGAAAAAGAAGAAUGCUUUGGACUGUUUCUCUAGUUGAAAUGGGGAGUGAAUGAAGUUGUAUGCGUCGUUAUUGCAUUACUUGGUAGUAUCACUCUUACGGGCUGAUUAGAGAUGGAUUAAAACAAGAAGUGUUGCCAUUAGUAAUGGCAACGGGACAAGUAGGGGGCAGCACCCCAUUGGAGUUUGAGGUAGGGGCAGAGACUUCCUUGUUGGGAUCUUUCUCUUUUUUCUUUUAAUUUUUAUUUUUAAAUGCGACUCCUGUUCCUUCAAGCUAGAUUUUAUUCUGCAGUGUUUCACAGUACCACUGAAGUGUUAAACUGCUAAAGACCGCAGACUUCACUGUUAAAGUUUUGUUUUGAAUACAACUAUAAGCAAUUACUGUCUA